GUAAUCCUGACAGCGGCUCCGGGUGUCAGCUGAUCAUGCCUUACUGGCGAGUGAGGAGGAAAAUCAGCUGAAGGAAAACACACUGCUGACUGAGUUUCAAACCAUGGCUGCGGAGAUUCAUUCGAGGCCUCAGACCGCCAGACCUAUUCUUUUGAACAAGAUCGAGGGACACUCAGACGCCGUCAACGCGGCCGUGUUAAUACCCAAAGAAGACGGAGUGAUCACGGUCAGCGAGGACAGAACCAUCCGAGUAUGGCUGAAAAGAGACAGCGGUCAGUACUGGCCAAGCAUCUACCACACAGUCUCCUCUCCGUGCUCUUGCAUGUCGUACCACCAUGACAGCAGACGCAUCUUCAUAGGCCAGGACAAUGGAGCUGUUGUGGAGUUUCUCAUCUCUGAAGAUUUCAACAAGAUGAACCACGUCAAAACAUAUCCAGCCCACCAGAACCGCGUGUCAGAUAUGGUGUUCUCUCUGGAGAGCGAGUGGGUGGUGAGCACCGGCCACGACAAGAGUGUGAGCUGGAUGUGCACUCAGAGUGGCAGCAUGCUGGGGAGACACUACUUUACCGCCUGGGCCUCCUGCCUACAAUAUGAUCAUGAGACGCAGCAUGCCUUUGUUGGCGACUACUCAGGACAGAUCACGCUGCUGAAACUGGAGAAGCAGACGUACUCCACCAUCACUACACUAAAGGGUCAUGAAGGUAGUAUAGGAACCCUGUGGUGGGAUCCCGUCCAGAGGCUGCUGUUCUCAGGAGCCUCCGACCACAGCGUCAUCAUGUGGGACAUCGGGGGCCGCAAAGGACGAACGUUACUGCUGCAGGGACACCACGAGCGUGUUCAGGCCUUGCGUUACCUCCAGCUGACCAGGCAGCUGUUGUCGUGCUCAGCCGACGGAGGCAUUGCAGUGUGGAACAUGGACACACAGAGAGAAGAGGCGCCCCAGUGGUUAGACAGUGACUCUUGUCAGAAGUGUGAGCAGCCUUUCUUCUGGAACAUCAAGCAGAUGUGGGACACUAAGACCCUGGGGCUAAGACAGCAUCACUGCAGAAAAUGUGGCAAAGCUGUGUGUGGGAAAUGUAGUUCUAAACGCUCCACAUUCCCAAUCAUGGGCUUCGAGUUCCCGGUGCGGGUGUGUGAUGCCUGCUUUGAUACCAUCAAAGAAGAAGAUCGAACAGCAUUGGCCACGUUCCACGAGGGGAAACACAACAUCGCCCACAUGGACAUGGACCCAUCCAGAGGCCUGAUGGUUACUUGUGGAAGCGACCGCAUUGUUAAGAUCUGGGACAUGACGCAGGUGGUUGGCUGUAGCUUAGCAACAGGCUUCUCUUCACGCUGAUUGGGCCCAACCCACUACAUGCUCAACCCACCUCUUCCAAUGUCAUGGAAACCCCUUCUUGUACAGUAUAUCUCUCCAUCAUGCCUGGGAUCUUCAGCCACAAUCAGGCCUGCCGUUGGUGAAUGUGUGAGCGUGCACAUGUUAGUGUGUGUGUGUGUGUGUGUGUGUGUGCGUGUGUGUGUGUGUGUGUGUGUUCAUAGUGCUGCCCUCCACAUUCCUAUUUGCUUCCCGUGACGGAUUUCAUUUAAACUAAUGGUCACUCCUACAUGAAGGUUUGUGUGACUGAUCUUUUUUGACCUUUCGCUCUGAUCCCAAACAGAACCCUGAAGCACAAUGGUGUGCGUGUACACGUGUGCAUGUAUCGUAAUGAUUUCUUCUAUGGGAGGAUUGGUAUUGAUAUUAGUGUUUACAUUAUAUUAACAUUUCUGAUGCUUCUUUUGACUGGGGUGUUUUUUUACUACCCUUGCACUGUAAUAUUUGGUUUCACUAAAUCACCCUGACCUGCCAUUCCUGUACAAACAUACACUAAGCUUGCUUAUUACUGUGGCCCACUAACUGCAUUUUACUUAGUCACUGUAACAUGUACAAAAAAAAAAACAUCUGUAUAUACCCCUGCAUCAUGUGUAUCAUAGAUGAUUGCUUGAACUGACUCUCACUGAUCAAAGUGAUCAGAUUUUUUUUCUGUCUUCUCUUUUUCGGUUUUUGUUUUCCUUUCACUAGUUGGCCUUAAAUCACUCUCAGGAGGUUCUUCAUCCGUAGGUUUGUCACCGGGCCACGGGCUCUUCAUGUCAUAACCAUCAUUCACAUGUGAUCACUCAAGUGUUUUAAGAAACUCAAUAGAACAGCCUCUUUCUUAAAUAGAUGAAUAGAUAGCCCCAGAAACUUGAUGUGCCUGUCAGAUGUUUGCAUGAUGGCACUGACCCCAGCCAGGUGAGGCGAAUUUGAAUGCAUUGCCAUAGCGACACGCGCUGACAAGAGGCAGCAUCAAACAUGCUGUCGCAGGCGUCCCGAGGUGCACUCGUCGUACUAAAGUUAAAGAUUUGACUAGCGUGAUCAUUUCAGAUUUAUGGAUUUAUGUUUCCAACUUUUAUUUUGGUAAAGUAGCACAGGAUCAGGAUUUAUCACUUUAUUGUGUAGGUGGAGACCACAUAGCACUUGACAGUGUAAAGCCAAGAUUCUAAUGCCUCAUGACAAUGAAUUUUCAUCUGUUAUUUCAAAGAUUGAAAUAUUUCAAGUGUUUUGUAACGCUAAAUUGGAUUAUUUACAACCAGAGAGGCACUUAGGUACUGAAUAGGUACUUUAAACUAAAUAUAGCACUAAAUGCUGGUCAGAUCAGGGCUGCCUGUGUUCUUUCCAAAAGCCUUAAAAGAGAGAAGGACACACUCAUAAAGCCUUUUCAUUGGUUUGACAGACUGUUCACUCAUGGUCAUUCACUCUCAUGCACUCACCUCAUUAUGAAGCUCUGGAUACUUGUGCUUCCUUCCAUCCUGUGUCCCCCUGCCCCUCACACACAUUUGUGUAUCAAGGAUGUCUCAUAACGCUCUGCACUGAAUUGCACAACUCGUGGUCUUUGUCUUUUGAAUUAAAUAAAAACUUUUUUUGUAAGUUCCAAUUUGGGAAGGGUAAUGGUUGGAAUUCAAUGUAGCGUCCUUGUAAAUAGCGGCUAGUAUCUUCUAAUGUUAGACUAAUGCUUGCCUUAUUGUAAGUGAAGAAAAAAAACAAUGUUGGAAUUCCUGAUCUCAAAAUGUAGUCACAUUCCAGUUUUUUGAUCAUGUAGUGUAUAUUUAUAUUUGUAGUAAAGUAUUUAUCUGUUAUCAUUGUAAGUGGUGGUUUUACUUUUCUUUGUGCCCUUCUAGUAGUCUUUUUUUCCUUUAUAAUAACAAAUUAGAACAUGUUAAGCACUCUGUAAUGAAGCACAUGCUUGUAAUGUUGAGAUCGACUGCAGUGUCAGCCCAUACAGUCAAGGUUGUCAUAUGACUGCUCUUGUUUCCCAUCAUCAAGACUGUACUCCGUUACUCUGUAACAUUUCGGUGUCAUCCAAUCAUAUUUGGGGUUAGACUGAAAGCUGACACUUAUUCAGUUGCCAGUAUUUAGCUAAGUUGUUCAUUCUAUUUAAUUGUGAGCAUUUCUGUCCUUUUGUAGCUUCUCCAAAAAAAAUUAUUAUUUUUUUUUUCCAUCAGUGCAUACGUCUGGACUUUGGAAGCUCUGGGAUAAAAAAACAUGCCUUAAAUUACUCUGCAGAAUUUUAGAAAUAAUAUAUUUGGCGCAGCAACAACCUGAAAACACAACACUAACAUUAUCUCUUUAUUAAGCUGAUAGGGAGAAUGUGUCAUCAAGCAGCUGACCAUUUACGUCACAUGGAGCAACAUUCGCUUGCUGCUGCUGAAAAACACAACUAUUAGUUAAAACAAAACAAAAGCUAAAGGGCUCCAUAGAUCUACACAGAACUGUAGAGCUGGGUGAUGAUUCUCUCUGGGUCCAUCACUAAAAAGCCUUUCGUUUCACUUAUAGUUAUUUUAUUGAUUGUUAAAGGUUGGGUGUUUUAAAGUGACGUAUCAAGUAUCCAUAGUUGGGGUGUUACCAUCCGUAGACGGCACUCAGCUGCUCCCAAUUUGGAGAAGCAGAGCAGCUCUGCUCUCAGCAUCUGUUUUUCUACCAAGCUAAGUUGUGAAUCAGUUUCAGAUUGAUCUGCGCUAUAAUACAUUAGGCAGUUGGAAGUUUCAUUCCAGCGUCUCAUCUAGUGUCUCAUCUAGUGUCUCAUAUAACCCCACUGUAGCUGUAAACACAACAAGUAGGUUAUUACCACAAAAACAAAAAAAGUUGUGGUGAACAUACUACCAAACAGCUGCCUAUUUCUACAUCCAGCAGUAAAACAAACAACAUGAGCUUUUAUUUGGACCCAUAUUUAUGGCCACUUAAGAAUGUGAAUGUCCAAUAUUCACUCUCUUUUAAACUUUGUUUUGGUCUCAGCCAACUACAAAGAAAAAUUUGGGUUCUUUAGCUGCUAAUUGCAUAGUUUCAAAACUCCUACUAUAGCUGAACCUCUGUCUUAUUAGAAUUAGGCAACAUCAACUGGCUCAAUCUUCAGUAAACUGCCAAUAUUGGCAAACUGAUCUAUCAGACCAACCUUAAGUAUCAUAAAUGCUCAUCUGGGAUCUACAGGGUUAUUGACGAUGCUACCGUACAAUCAGGAGUCAAAGCUCUCCUUUCCUUUUUUCAGUCAACUGAACAUUAAGGCUCCUUCCAGUCAUUACUUCUUAUCACUUCCUUGCAACAGAUUUCCUUUGCCGAUAAAAAGGCUUUCUGGACAGAUGGACGAAAUGUUAGAGGUAUGAUGGAUGACAGGAUUGGCUGUUUGCAGAAACAGCUAAUGAAAUAGAUCUUCAGAUUGUCAAUCCGUCGCAUGAAGGAAGGAAUAGAUUUUUGUCACGUUGUAAAUGGUUUGUUUCCUUUUUCUUUCACCAGAUGGAGAAGUCAUAGGAGUCAUUUUGUUUUUGUCAUCUUGGGUUCAUCAAACACUAAGAAUGGGUGGUCCACAUGUUGAUAAGAGGCCACAUCAACAUGUUUAAUGACUCAUUUUCCAAAACACCAACGCCCAUAAUCUCAAACUCCUUUUCAGAUGCUUGUAAAAACACACAUCUGCUGUUCCAACAUGAUGAUGUUAAUGUAUAUCUCAAAAUAAUUGUAUUUUUAAAUACUUUUGUUGACUGACUUUAGUCUCUCUGUCCUGGUUUGUGGGCAUAGAGAGACUAAAUCGAUGCUAAAUAAAGAUAUUCUGAUAUGU